GUCCAUUAGUCUGCAAGUUCGUUCUGUUAUCAAUUUGUAUUUAUCAUGCUUCUGGUGAAAUGAACGUGGAAAAUAUAGAAGAAUCGAUUUCGAAAACAGAAAUACCUAGAGAAAAUUUUGGGUUAACUACGAUUUCACCUGCCAGACAGAGCAGAGCAUAUAGAUGGGGUUACGAUACUAGGGGUGAUCACACCGAUUACGAAACGAACGACGAUCACGACGAAGACAUGAAUGAUGACGAGAAUGAUCACAGUCAGACGAAAGCGAUGGAUCAAGCCAAGACUGAUUAUUGGGCCGGCUACUACGAUUUUCUGAUAAACGAAGGAAGCUACAAAUUCUGGGCUGUCUUUCAGCUCGCGACCGCAGCUCUUCUGAUCUACAGCGGUUUUGCGGCUCUCUACUACGCCAAGGUGAAUCCACCGACCACGGACGAUUAUUUUGACGAUAUAUUUCGCCGGCGACGAAGAAGACGCCGCUCGCUUCCGCUCGCGAGCCGCGACAGGCCCUUCGCCGGAUUCGACACGGUCACAUUUCAAAGGAUAAUCGAGGCCGCCGAAGCCGAACAAGCGCAUUGAUUUUCAUUUUUCAUCCUUCCUUCAACAAAGGAAGUACUUGGACGCGCGCGACGAAAGAGAGAUAGAAAAUAACAAGCGAUUAAACACACUGGACAUUUCGAAUCGAGGAGAAUCUUUCUCGAAAAGCGUGGGAUGCGAAAAUGCGUGAGACGCGAUGAUCGAUCCUUGAUUUCCCGAAGACGGAUGAUUGC